UCAAGCAGGUCUCAAAGCUGCAGGCCGCCUGCAAGAAGAUGCAGCUUCUCAAUGAACUUUUGGACCAUGGUGGGAACUACAUCGCGGCGACUCUGCCUUUCCUGCUCCGCUUGUUGGAACGAGGCCUGGCCCGGAGGAUCCUGCUGCUGACCCACUCUCUCCCCCAGGUCCCUCCGUGGCCAAUCGACGCUGACCCCCCGAAGCACAAAGACAGUGGAUCCCUCUCGUUUGGGCUUUUGCUGAGUCCUGACUUUGCCACCAGCGUCUUGGAGAAGGGGCCAGAAGCGGAUCGUCCUGAGGCGGUGGAGUUCCGGACGUUCUGGGGUCAGCGCUCAGAGCUGAGGCGUUUCCAAGAUGGGUCCAUCUGCGAGGCCGUCUUGUGGAACGCAGCUAACCAAAGCGAGAAGCGCUUCGUCCCAGCGCAGGUCAUUCGGCACCUCUUGCAGUUACACAUGGACAUUCCAGAAUCUGCCAUCUGCUACACAGGCACCCUCCUGGAGUCUGUGAUCAAAUUGGGGCGCGAGCCCGCAGGCACCGGUGAAGAGGCCAUGAUGGAUGUUGUCCGCUCCUAUGAUGAUCUGAGCCGCAAACUGUGGAACCUGGAGGGGCUGCCGCUGACGGUGACAGCCGUGCAGGGAACUCACCCGGCGCUCCGGUACACAGAUGUCUUCCCUCCAGUCCCCAUGAAACCAGAUUACGCCUACUAUGCCUGGAACAAGGAUCGAGAGUCUCUGGUGCCGUUGGCUGCGAAGCCCUGCCCUGCUUAUAUAUCUCCAAUGCGAGUCAUAUGUCACAUGGAGGGGAGUGGUCAGUGGCCACAGGACAAAGAAGCCAUCCGACGGAUCAAGGCGGCCUUCCAGCUACAGUUAGCAGAGCUUUUGCAUCAGCAACACCAGCUGCUUUGCCGGCCUGGCCCCACUUACACGGAUGUCUAUAAGGACGGCUACGUUUUCCGCCUUCAAGUGGCUUACCACCGAGAACCGCAAAUCUUGAAGGAAGUGGUUACCCCGGAGGGCAUGCUGAAAUACCAGGACACGGAGGAGUCCCUGCGGCUAGAACUGGAGACCCUUCACUUGCCGUUCCUGACCAGCUCUCUCCACGGCCUGCAGCAGCAGCAGCCGGCUUUUGGGUCCACCUGUCGCCUUGCCAAGCGCUGGGUCAGCGCUCAGCUGCUGAGCGACAGCCUUUCGGAGGAGUGCAUGGACUUGCUGGUGGCCUCCCUCUUCCUCUGCCCUGCACCUUACGCUGCACCCAGCUCUCCUCAGGUGGGCUUCCUUCGCUUCCUUCACCUGCUCACCUCCUUUGACUGGAAAAACACCCCCCUCAUUGUCAACCUGAAUGCUGAACUCAAAGAUGAAGAUUACGUGGAGAUCAAGAACAACUUUGUGGCUGCCCGGCCUCACCUCCCAGUCAUGUUUAUUGCUUCCCCGCGGGACCGUCAGAACUCUGUGUGGACUAAGGAGAGACCUUCCGCGCAGAUGCUGCUUCGUCUGCUCGUUCUGGCUCAAGAGUCUCUUCGGACUUUGGAGGAGCAGCUGAUGGACCCUUCGGGGAACCAGGACGUGAAGGUGGCCUUCCGUCCUCCUCUGGAUUUUUACGACGUCCUCAUCUACCUGAAUCCCAAGCAGAUCCCCAGACAUUUGCAAGCAGUGGACCGGCCGGCCAAAUCUUUCAGCAGAGGGAUAUUGUCGAGUGACGCCGCGGUGAAAACCCGGGCUUUCCCAGUGGUGGAUUAUGACCCAGCCCAACUCUAUCUCCAGGAGUUGCGGGAGGCCUUUGGAGACCUUGCGUUGUUCUUCUAUGACAAGCACGGAGGAGAGGUGAUUGGAGUCCUCUGGAAGCCUUCCAGCUUUGCGCCACAGCCCUUCAAGGCAUCCACCAUGAGAGGAAGAAUGAUGCUGAUGUCUAGCUCAGAAUCGCUGAUGGUUCCCAAUGUGACAGCUAUUUUAGAAGACUUUGAGGUCUUGGGAGAAGGGCUUGUCAAAGCGGUGGAGGCCCGGACAGAGAAAUGGUCCAUUUAGAACCUUCUGGAACUCCACGACAUGUCAAGGCCUCUGCUCCGGGAGCCCAGGGCGUGUCCUGACUCAUAACAUUUCACUUCAGGAUUCUCUUACAAGGAAAGAAUUUUUAUUACACAGCAAGAUCUCAUAAUCCUGUUUGUCAUGUACGUUCAACCCUGACUUUUGUGAUAAAAAGGACUGUGUUUUUUGUAGAGAAAAUCUAUUAAAACGUUUGACUCUCGAGGCCAAA